AUCUUUCUUCGCAUUUUCAGUCCAACUCAACCUUCGCCACAGAGACGACCCGCCAUAUAACAGCGACACGUCUAUCCUUAGCUCGUAGAAUCAUAUCCUGGCGAGGCCGCCGGAUGGCUUUUGCAGCACAAUUAGCUGCUUCCGUACCACUACUCUGCUCAGUAAAGGCCACUUCCACUGCGGUUAAGAAGAGUAAGGCUGCGCCGAAGCCCAAGGCGGGGCACGGCGGUGCUUUGGACAAUGUAGUGGAGGUGGUUCGUAAGGACUCGGAAUUUCUAAAGAAAGGCAUCGCCAAAGGCCUGCGAUGGGCCAACGAGGCCUUUCGAAUCCCUCAGGUCUCGAAAUCGGUUAGCGAUGUGGUUUGGUUGCGGAAUAUCGAGGACCCGAAUGCUUCUGCUGCUGAGCUUAAGAGUCGGACUCGUUGGCCUCAACCUAGCUAUCCAGAACUGUCGGGAUUAGACUUGUUUAUGGCUGAUCUCAGAGCACUAGAGGCAUACUCAAAUUAUUUCUACUGUCUCGUGAAGCUAUGGACUGGGCCACUUCCUGAAAAAUAUGAUCCUCAAGAAGUUGCUGACUAUUUCAAAUUGAGGCCGCACAUAGUGGCUUUCCGUCUUCUUGAGGUAUUCACUGCCUUUGCCUCUGCCACAAUCAGAUUUCAGAUCUUUGGGAUUCUUCCCACUAUGAAUACGGAAAUUGAUAGAGAAACUUCAAGAUAUGUCUUUGGAUGUGUGUUAAAGGAGACAAUGCUAAGCUUGGGCCCCACUUUUAUAAAAGUUGGUCAGUCUCUCUCCACAAGACCAGAUAUUAUUGGUUCUGAAAUUUCAAAGGCAUUGUCUUCACUGCAUGAUCAAGUCCCUCCUUUUCCAAGGGCUACAGCUAUGAAGAUUAUUGAGGAAGAAUUAGGUUCUCCAAUUGAAAAAGUAUUUAGCUACAUCUCUGAGGAGCCUGUUGCUGCAGCUUCAUUUGGUCAGGUCUAUAGAGGAAAUACUCUUGAUGGUUUUAGUGUUGCUGUGAAAGUUCAGCGUCCUGAUCUACGCCAUGUGGUAGUUCGGGAUGUUUAUAUUCUACGCAUUGGGCUGGGUCUUUUGCAAAAGAUAGCAAGAAGGAAAAAUGAUCUUCGCCUUUAUGCUGAUGAGCUUGGGAAAGGUUUAGCUGGGGAAUUAGAUUACACAUUGGAGGCUGCAAAUGCUUCAGAAUUUAUGGAUAUACAUUCUCGUUUUUCCUUUAUCCGUGUACCAAAAGUUUUACCACAUCUCAGUAGAAAGAGAGUUUUAACAAUGGAAUGGAUGGUUGGUGAAAGUCCAACGGAUUUAAUGACGAUAUCUACAAAGGAUUCUGUUGGUCAUCAUUCAACAAAUUCAGAGAGACUGCAAAAUGAUGCCAAGCGCCGUCUGCUUGAUCUAGUAAACAAAGGAGUAGAGGCAUCACUAGUUCAACUCAUUGAGACUGGCUUACUGCAUGCUGAUCCACAUCCUGGAAAUCUGCGUUACACUUCUUCAGGACAAAUAGGGUUUCUUGAUUUCGGAUUGCUUUGUCGGAUGGAAAAGAAGCAUCAGUAUGCCAUGCUUGCGUCCAUAGUGCAUAUUGUAAAUGGUGAUUGGGCAUCUCUUGUGCAGGCACUUUGUCAAAUGGAUGUCAUAAGGCCAGGGACUGAUAUGAGACUUGUUACCAUGGAACUGGAGAUUGCUUUAGGAGAAGUUGAAUUUAAGGAUGGAAUUCCUGAUGUAAAAUUUAGUCGGGUUCUUGGUAAAAUAGUGUCUGUGGCAUUCAAGUAUCAUUUCCGCAUGCCUCCAUAUUAUACCCUUCUCCUCCGGUCUCUUGCUUCGUUAGAAGGAUUAGCAAUGGCUGCAGAUCCAAAGUUUAAAACAUUUGAAGCUGCUUACCCCUAUGUUGUUCGGAAACUUCUCACAGAUAAUUCACCUGCCAUGAGGAAGAUCCUACACUCUGUGGUCCUGAAUAGAAGGAAAGAAUUCCAAUGGAAAAGGCUUUCUCUUUUCUUAAGAGUUGGAGCAACUAGGAAAGGGUUGCAUUCUGUGCUGGGGUCCAACUCUCAAGAAUCACUUGUUUAUUCUGCCAAGGAAGUCAGUGGGACAGUUGAUGUUGCAAACUUGGUGGUAAGAUUACUACCCUCUAAAGAUGGUGCAGUGCUAAGAAGGCUCCUGAUGACAGCAGACGGAGCUUCAUUAUUUCGUGCAAUGGUUUCAGAGGAGGCAAAUGUCUUCCGUCAACAUUUCUGCAGGGUUCUUGCAGAUGUACUGUAUCAAUGGAUGUCUAAAGCUCUGGGAAAAGCUACACAGUUCAGUUCCGACGUUCAGUUGGCAACUGGAACGGCUAUCUAUGAUUAUAAACUGAUCCUGAGAGAUCAACGGCUCAAAGUGAUUUUCUUCAACGCACUUUCUUCUGCAAGGAAAGAUCCAAUCCUGAUGCUGAGAUCCUUCUUCUCCCUGUGCGUGAUCUUUGUCAAAGCUUCAGCUUUGGCUUGUCAUCGCGUCCUUGUUUCUUUCUCCGAAACUUACUUGGAUCGUCUAUCUUUUGCUCCAAGGAAAUUCGCAAUGGGUGCCAAUUCAUAGGAAUGCUUGCACUUGACUAGAGGCAGCCAUGGUUUUCUAUCUACAUAGUACGUGUUGAUGUUCUCUUUCGGCUUCAAUAAAUUACUACAAAACAUACAAAGUGUUGUAUAUAAACGCUAUCUUUUUUCACCAGUUCUGUAUAUUAGUGCAUUUAUAUUUCUAAUUAUAGCAACUAAAAUUAGGUAGGUAUCAGAUACCAUUAGAGGUAGAUGUAUUCGGUGAUUAGUGCAUUGUAUUAAUUAUUUAAAUUUGAUUGAUUGAUUGUAUUAGCUAAUUUGAUUCAUCAAUUAAUUGCGUAAUUAAUGUUUGGUAAAA